CCUUCCUUGGCCCUGCUCGAUCCACUCAGCCGUCCCAGAGCAACAUCAUCACUCUCAACAACAUCGUGACUCUCUCAACCGCCUGAACUACACACUCAUUCUCCCCUUCACACUCGCUCGUCGCCUUAUCCGCCAGCCAUGCCACCCCGCCGCCAACCUCAGCGCGAUGACCCCGCCGACGACGGCGCCGGCGGCAUGUCCGUCCAGGACUUGGAGACCGCAGCCGCGCACCUCGUGCGACUAGCGCUGUUUCACGAGCACCGCCGCCAACCGCUCCGCCGAGAUGUCAUCACCAAGCUCGUCCUGCCUAACUCGGCACGCCACUUUCCCGUAGUGCUGCAAAGGGCACAGAUGAUCUUGCAGAACACCUUCGGGUUGCACCUCCACGAGCUGCGCGCGCGGCAGCGCGGCGACGAGUUCACGCAGGCCACCCAAGCGCAGACCCAGGCUCAGGCUCAAACUCAGGCACAGACGCAGACGCAGCGGAGGAGGCGGCGGCGGGAGGACGAGGAAGAGGAGGAAGAAGAGGGGACCGAGGAGAGCACGCAGCCCCGGCGUGAGAGGAAAGGUCCCACGACCCGCACAUACAUUCUCCGCUCGGUACUGCCUCCCGCGCUGAUUGCGGAGAUGAACCGUCCCACUCCGUUGCCGUACUUCGAGGAGGAUCGCGGCAACGCCGAUCUAGUGGCUGACGGCGAGGCUGACUCCGGCGCCCUGCUGCGAUGGGACAAGGCUGACCCCACACCCGCCGGGCACGUCGCGCUGCUCGGUAUCCGGACCGUCAUCCUCUGCCUGAUCCUCGCCCAAGGGCGCGUCAUUGAAGAACGUGCGCUGUAUGCUUUCCUCCGCCGUCUCAACCUCGAGCGCCACGCCGUGCUACCGUGGAGGAGCUCCGACUCCCACGCCAGCACAAUUACUCUUGAGCAGUUCAUGGAUGUGCUGGCAAAGCAAAACUACCUCGAGAAGACAAAACGCAAGCACGCCGGCGGAGAUGGGGCGGGCGACGAAAUCGAGUGGCGCUGGGGGUCGCGCGAGGCCGAGUUCUCAGAGAUGGCGGCAGCCGCCUUCAUCGAAAAACUGUUUCUGGGCGAGAGCGACGACGAGUCAGAAGAAGACGAGCCGGGUCCCUCACGACGGCGCAACACCGAAGAAGACAAUCGGACGCCUGCGGAGCGUCGUGCGGCAAGACGCGAUGCCCAGAGCAAGCGUAUCCGAACCGACCUGGAGCGUGCGGCGGGCGGGCCUUUAACCGGCGAGUUGUAAACAGCGGACGUGGCCAUGGAAGGGUUUGUAUGUCCGUUAUCAUGGUCCGACAGUAUUCCGGUAUCACGCAUGUUACAUCUACACUACUGGGGUAUACACUGUUGCUGUCUAUGCGAAGCCCUC